AUGAGUGGCUAUACAAGACGCAACCAUGAUGGCCCUGACAGCUACAUCAUGAACCACCAGAUUGCGCUACCUGUCCCAUACAGCCAUGGGGACAGUCAUGAGUUUGGUGUAAAUGACUCAGGCUCAUAUCAUUUUCAGCAGCACCCAUUCAAUACCUAUCCGUCGCAUUUUACUUCACCAUACAGCCAUUCUGGUAUCUCGUCCAGCACGCAUCAUUUAUCCCCACAUCAUUCACCAGGCCAUUCGGUCCCAUCAACGCCUGACCAUGUACCCCUUCAACAUCAUUCUCUUCAGUACAUGCCUCAGUCACGCUACCUUCAGUCCCCAGGGUUUAUGCCACUCCGUGAUGCGUUCAGCGAGGCAGAUAUUGAAUGCCAGGACUCUCAGAAUGAGAACACAAUGCUAUCAGAAGCAGUCAUCCCCCCCUUGGAUGGUUUUCCGAAUGUACGAGAGUUCGACCAGUUAAUGAAAAGUUACGUCGACGACCUUUCUGUCAAGAAGCAAGACAAAGCUUUGAUUCACGCCAAAAGAGCACGGAAUAUCAAGACUGUGCUGAUGGAUCCCAAAGACACGGCCGUGGAGUCGGCCCAAUUUCGAUUUUGGGUGAAAAAAAUGUUCAAGCUCCAAACAGUUGGCAGUGGUACAUCAGAUUGCACGAAAAUGAUCUGCCAUGAAGGCAAACCAGUGGCGAUCCGAGAGAAACUCUUUAAAAUCCUCACUCGGGCACAUCAACAAUGCCAACAUGGAGGCAGAGAUAAGACAUCGGCUCAAGUGCGACAAAUCUACUCAUGGGUUCCAAAGGAACUUAUUUCUCGCUUUGUGAAGAUAUGCCCGACAUGCCAAGUGCGUCGAGGGGGUUCACGCUUGACGCCUCCUAGUUCCAGAAGGAGCUCACCCCGGCUAGAGGUGAUAUCCCGUUCACCAAAGCUACCAUCGCCCCCUAUGUCAAGACGUGAUUCCACGCUGAAUGGACAGCUUUCGCUGGAAAGACCGCAAUCGGAUUACUUUACCCAACUCAGCGGCCAUACCACUUGGUUGGAUAAUCAACGAAGCCUGCAGGAAAGGCAAGCUGUUAGCCCAGGUCAUGUACGUUCCUUCAAUGGAGGAGCAAUGGGUCACCUGCCAAGUACUCUUUCUGGUACCUUGGACUCGUUUCACAGCGAUAUGCCAGUAGCCUCGUCUCAGGUUAGCUACAGUGCGGGUUACCCUUCCGCGCACGGGUCGUCCAGCCAUAGGGAUUUCUAA